AUUAUAGAUUAAAACCAUGUAAUUGAUUAGUUAAUAUUACUAUUAUUGACUGUGCGUAUUAAUUUAAUGCUGAAUUAUGUAGGUCCAACAUUAAAUUUGAGCCACCGUCUAAGCUCGUAAAACUGACAGACUUAGAAGUUAUUGUUAGCUAUUAGGAACGGCGCCUCGAUCGGGAACGAUGAACGACAAAAUUUUAAGUUUUACUGCGAACAACACCCAACUCAAUAUCACAUCAAGAAAUAUCACCUCUACCCUCGAAACAAAUGGCUUAGAUAAUAUUAUAGACAACAAAUUCGUACAAGGAGUAUUCUGUGUUAUUUACACAAUCAUUUUUGUACUCGGUCUCUUAGGAAACCUUCUAGUCUGUUUUGUUGUCAUUAGAAACAAAGCUAUGCAGACUGUGACAAACUUAUUCAUCACUAAUCUAGCUCUUUCAGACAUUUUACUGUGUCUAUUUGCAGUUCCUUUUACGCCCCUAUACUCGUUCCGCGGCUCGUGGAAUUGGGGUUCACUUUUAUGCCACAUAAUGCCUUUCGCACAGGGUUGCAGCGUAUACAUAUCCACUUUGACUUUGAUGUCUAUUGCUAUUGACAGAUUUUUUGUAAUUAUUUAUCCGUUUAGACCUAGAAUGAAAGUUGAAACUUGUAUCACUGUUAUUAUCAUGAUAUGGACAUUUGCUAUCACUGUGACCAUGCCUUACGCGAUAUACAUGACCUACUAUGAUUUGGAUAUUGGAAGAUUUUGCGAGGAGACUUGGCCAACGGAGAAAUUGCGACGAGUAUUCGGAUCUGUGACUUCAGUGUUACAAUUUGUAUUACCCUUUAUAGUGAUAGCCUUUUGUUAUACCUGUGUCAGCUUCAAGUUGAACGAUAGAGCUAAGGCAAAGGCAGUCAGUAAGAAUUCACGUAAAGAGGAAUUCGACAAGAACAGAAAACGUAGAACUAACCAGAUGUUGAUAGCUAUGGUGACAAUCUUCGGUCUGUCUUGGCUCCCUCUGAAUGUUAUUAAUCUUUGCAACGAUUAUUAUAUCUACGCUAUCCAUCUCAAGUAUUAUUUUUUGAUCUUCUUCAUCGGUCACGUGAUCGCAAUGUCUUCGACGUGUUAUAAUCCGUUCAUCUACGCUUGGAUGAACGAGAACUUCCGUAAGGAGUUCAAGCAGUUGAUACCAUGCAUAGAUACAUCGGCGCAGUUCAGAGGGAACAUACAGAUGGAACAGCUUGGAGUCGGUCCUUCAGAGAAAACGUUCAAUGGCAAUACGACAACUGAUACUUAUCUGUCCAGUUCCACUAGAGCUGCAUCAUUCAGACACAAGAGGAAACCCAGUGCAGCAGCAGAUGUUGAAAAGAGUGGAGUGGAACUGAACGAGGAUCUACUUACAGUGGACGUGAAGCAUUGCCAUAUAUCGACUAGUUACAAUCUGAGAAGGGAGUCGGUGAAGUUACGGCUAAUCAAUGAGGAGUCUUUUGAUGGAUCGCCGAGUCAGAGCCAGUUCUAA